AUGCCACCACGAGAGGAAGAAGCCACAAUGGACGAAUCUAUGGUCGAGGAGACUGAAGGAAUCAGCUACGAAGAGCAACUCGGCUUGAUGAACGACAUCGCCAAGCCUGUUGCUUCGAAAAAGCUUUGCAAGCGCAUCUUCAAGUGUUCGAAGAAAGCAUCAAAGGACAAGACAUGCCUUAGAAGAGGCGUCAAGGAUGUGAUCAAGUACGUGAAGAAAGGCGAGAAGGGUUUCGCCGUCCUUGCUGGAGACACCUUCCCAAUCGAUGUUUACUGCCAUUUGCCUUGCAUCUUUGAGGACAACGACAUUCCAUACGUUUUCGUUCCUUCGAAGCACGAUCUCGGAGCUGCCAUCGGCUCCAAACGCCCCACCUGCGUCUUGCUCGUCAAGCCCGGCGAGGAGUACAUGAGCGACUUUGGCAAGGCCAUCAAGGACAUCCAGAAGCUCCCAACCGCCUGUUCUGUUUAA